AUGAAAUUCUUGGACGCUAUUCUAUCAGGUGAUAGCGAUACAAAUAGAAUGAUUUUAGAUCAUUGGUUAGUUUCUAUUGGCUUUGGCACCAUUGGAUUUAUAUUUAAUUUAAUAGCCAUUUUAAUAUUUUCAUUUUCAAAUACAUUUCGUAAUAAUACAUUUCGAUGUUAUAUUUAUUCAUUUAUUAUUGUUCAUUGUAUUUGUAUAUUUAGUCAUACAUGGUCAUAUCUUUUAUUUCACGUCAUUAACAAGAAUAUUUUAUGUAUAGCAAAUGCAUUUUUACAACAAUCAUCGUCCACAUGUUCUUUAUGGAUUAUGGUGCUAUUAUCAUCUGAACGUGCAUUUACAUUCAUGCAUCCGUAUAAAGUAAAAAAAAUAUUUACAUCUAGAACAACGUGUAUACUUUUGACUCUAAUUCUUCUUCUUUCGGUAUUAGUUCAUAUGGAUGAACUGUUCGCUAAAAGUAUUGAAAGUAUAAGUUUUCGUGAGAUCAGUUUUUCCUAUGGUAUAUGUUCAUUAAAACGUGAAAAGUAUUAUUUUGAUACAAAAAUAAAAAUAUUAUUAUAUUCCAUAUCGUUUAUACUACCAUUUUUAUUAAACUCAAUAUUUGAUAUUUACAUCUGUCGACAAAUAUAUUUGAGACGAAAAAAUCUGGCACGUGCUAAACUAAAUUGUUUUAAAUUUGGAAAGAAAACAAAGAGAUCAUUGGCACAUGAGAUUACAUUAACAUUGUUAUGUUUAUCAUUUUGGCUAUUAUUAACAUAUUUUCCAUUGCGUUUGUAUUAUUUACUUGUAUCAUUCAAUUUAAUUGAUUACGCAGAAGAUAAUUCAUUACCAGUAUUAUUAAUACGAUAUAAUCUAUUAAUUUAUCUAGCAUUUAGUCCGACACUAUAUGUUAUUUUAAGUCCAACGCUUAGAAUUGAAAUUAAACAAUAUUUGUGUGUAACGUACAAUGGUCAUGAAUUACAGCAGAAUUACAACGGUCAUGUGACACGCCAACAAAAAAACGAUACAAACACACAUGGGCAAGUCCAAGUUCAGACUUGGUCUCAGGUCCGGACUUGA